GCUGGAGAAGAGAGUCAGCCCGCCCCGCAGAGCAGCAGACCGGGCUCUGUCGGUAUCAGCACCAAACACUCUCAGGCUGGGCAGCAGCGGCGGAGCAGCAGCGGGUGUACCGAGCUGCUGAGGACUUGGUGGGUUUGAGGAAAGGAGCAGACAGUAACUACAGAAAGAAAAGAAGAGUAGAUUUUUUUUUGCUGGUUGCUGUUUUCUCAAAAAAAAGUUGUGUCUGCAAAGAAAAGACGACCGGAUACACGCACGAGACAUUUACUGUUGGAGGAAAUAUUGCCGCACGGGCUGCUUGUAAAUCUUGCUUAAGGACAAAGUGCAGAAGAAGAGGCUCAGAGAGGAGUGAGAUCCUGGGAUGAGAGCUCUCUGCCAUUUCCCUGUCUGCCCCAAUCCUCCAGGAGGAGUUCGCUGGGCGACACUCUGAGAGUGCGUGGUGUGUCUGACGCCAUCAGGGUGCCAUGGCUCUGGUUCAGGCACUACCUGUGACCGUGACUGACCACCCCAAUCCAGGUCUCGACGUCCAGCAGUGCCAGCCGCUAUCAUCCCACUCCCCCUCAGGCCCCUGCCCUGGCCCCUGUGGGCCCUGCAGGUCUGGGACAGCCAUGGGUUCUGUCAGCAGUCUCAUAUCAGGUCGGACAUACCAGGAGAGACACUGCCGGGCCGCCAGCGAAUUCACCACCAAGUCACGCCGCUCCACGCCGGGUACCAGCUGCUUCCGGCUCCAGGAUAAUACCCUCCGCAGCGGUAGCUCCCUGGAGCAGCUUCUGGUUAUCAGCAACCAAACGCAUCCCCAGGCCCAGGUUCUGCCUCCACCGCUGCCCACCAAGAAGCAGCCCCGGCCUGGUAACUCUGCUGGAGCAGGUGGUGGAACGGUUUCUGGAGCAGUAGGUGGUGGCACUAAUGGGAACUUUGGGUGUGUGAGCGAUGAGGUGGUGGUUGGAGACUGGAACGACAACCUGGUGCCGGCAGUUGCAAGUCCCUGCAGUGACUCGGAAGACCAAAGGGACAACAGGACUCUGAACGGCAACAUUGGAGGGCCUCCUCCCAAACUCAUCCCAGUGUCUGGACAAUUAGAGAAGAACAUGGAGAAAGUGCUGAUCCGUCCUACAGCGUUCAAACCUGUCGUUCCCAAGAAUCGUCACUCUGUGCAGUACUUGUCACCACGGCCUGGGGGCAGCAGUCUGUCAGAGAGCCAGGCCAGCCUCAACCUCCUGCUGCCCCUCGGAGGAUCCAACAGCGCCAGCGGCACGAACGGCAUCGGAGGAAGCUGUAGUUCCAGCUCUGAAGGGAAGCGCAACUCCUACAGCAGUGGCCGCAAUGCUCGGAACAGCCAGUCCUGCUCCAUGUCAGAUUCAGGGAGGAACUCCCUCUCCAGCCUCCCUACUCACAGCAGUACAGGCUACAGUCUGGCCCCCAGUGAGGGCUCCAGUUCUGGGUCUGGCUCCGGGGGCCAACUGGAACCCGUGCCGGGCCUGGGCCGAAACACUUCAGGUGGAAGUGGGAGUCAUGGCCACACUAACUCAGACAGUGGACGUUCCUCAUCCAGCAAGAGUACAGGCUCGGGGUCACUAAGUGGGCGCGGGCAGCCCCUGUCGGACAGUGGGUCCUGUGGCCACUCGCCGCCACCCGUGGAGGGCUACGAGGUGGUGGUGAGGGAGCUGGAGGAGAAGCAGGAACGGGACCUGGAGCUCCAGCAGCUCCGGGAAAAUCUGGAUGAGAAUGAAGCUGCCAUCUGCCAGGUGUAUGAGGAGAAGCAGCGUCGCUGUGAAAGAGAGAUGGAGGAGCUGAGACAGAGCUGUGCAACAAAGAUGAAGCAGGCUUCUCAGAAGGCCCAGAGGGCACAGCAGGUGCUACAGUUACAGGUAUUUCAACUACAGCAAGAGAAAAAGAAGCUACAGGAGGACUUUUCCUCUCUGCUGCAGGACAGAGAGACGCUGGAAAGGAGGUGUGCCACCAUCCAGAGGGAGCAGACCCAGCUGGGCCCACGACUGGAAGAGACAAAAUGGGAGGUAUGUCAGAAGUCAGGAGAGAUCUCCCUCCUGAAGCAGCAGCUGAAGGAGAUCCAGUCGGAGCUCAGCCAGAAGGCCGGAGACAUUGUGGUGCUGAAGGCCCAGCUGAGAGAAGCCCGUUCUGAACUGCAAGCCAGCCAGGCUCGAUCCCAGGAGGCCCAGGCGGCCCUGCGGACGCGAUCUCUGGAGCUGGAAGUCUGCGAGAACGAACUCCAGAGGCGCAAGAGCGAAGCUGAGCUGCUCCGGGAGAAAGUGGGCCGUUUGGAAGAGGAGUCAGCCCGCCUCCGGGACACUCUGUCCAAUCACUGUGGACUCUCUCUUCCUGGAAAUGCAACCAUGAAGGGGCAAUGCAUGAGCCUUUCCCUCCAACAGGGUAGAGGUGUGGCAGGAAGGGGUGGUCCCAGUCCCUGUGUGUACCGCGAUGGAGAGGAGACUCAUCUGGUCUGGGGAGGGGAGAGUGAUGAAGCCAAGGCCCAGAGGCAGAAUGCAGAAACUGUGUUGGGACUCAGACAACAGGUGGACAGGCUGAAGGCUGAACUUAUGUACGAGAGGAGGACUGGUGAGGAGCAACUUUCACGGUUUGACAAUGAGAGGAGGGUGUGGCAGGAGGAGAAGGAAAAGGUAAUCCGCUACCAGAAACAGCUGCAGCAGAACUACAUCCAGAUGUACCGUCGAAACCGGGAUCUUGAGCGAGUGAUGAGGGAGCUGAGUCUAGAGCUAGAGAACAGGGACAUGGAGGACUAUGAGGUCCACAGUGGCAGCAACGACAUCCACUUUGAGGAAAUCACCGCCACUGAGAUCUAAACAAAACCACACACACACACUUACAGUAAUAUGUGCACAGAAACAUGGAAAUACAACUCACAAAAAACUCCAAACAUUGAACUCCAGGCCAAAUACUGCACUAUCUUCCACAUGGCUUUACCUGGACCACUGAGCGAGCACUCACCACUUCACUGUCAAAAGGGAGAUCUCCCAAAGGUGCAUUCUUGCUUUCUGCUAACAGACAUGUACUCCAAUAAAUCCUUAUAAGGUGUCCCCUCCCGGCGCUUUUAAUGGGUUUUAUUCCACUACAAAGCCAGCACAAAGACUUCUUUCCUUCUGUGGGAGCAAAAGCAGUGAACGAAGUGUUUCUUUCUCAGACCACGUUCAAAUCAGGGUAUCGAAAAAUCGACGGAAGCUUAAAGCAAAAAAUGUUACUACAUGCACAGUUAUCUGGUGAAAGCGCAGUCACACCUUUCUUGGUAGCACCCCAGGUUAAACACCCGGCCACCAGCAUGCAUGUAAUGAUGCAUCAUGACAGCAGUCCCAUCAACAACACCACCACUGCUGGCUGUCAGUGAUGACCUCAUCACCCGUCCAGACUGUGCUCAUUGGCGACACGUGCCACACUACUCCUCCGAGUAACUGCUGAAGGGAAAAUAUCACCAUGGUGUCCAUGGUGUUAGGAGGAUCAGCAGUUCAUUUCAUUUUACAAAUUAUAAAAGGAUGAGACAUAUUUCCUCAGCAGUGUGUAAUUGAAAAAAGAAUGUAUAAGAAAUGCAGUAUAAACAGUCACCACCGGCAAUGGAAGAAUCUGCUCACCAAGGGAAACACGGUAUCGUUUUGCACAACUUUCCCGCUCUCUUUUCUCUUUUGUUUGGGAUACAACUGUCUUUCUUGUUAAGCAAAUCAUAAGACUUAAACAAACCAGUUUUGACAUUUGUUUCUUAGUUUGCUUACAUGUGGACAUCCUGUUCUGUCAUUUCCCAAAACCCGCAGAGGACACACAGAAACCAAACGUUCAAAGGAAAUGCUUUAUUUGAACGCUGCUCAUGUUUUCUAGACCACCAACAGUCACGCUGUUGCGCUCGAUCGGUGUGUCAACUCAUUUAGACAAUGCAGCAAGCUCUGACAUAAACAUUUACACUUUAUAAUUAUGUAGCACUAGGAAGCUGACUGUAGCAUGGGAGAUAUCACCAGGAUGCUGCUGUUUCUCCUCUUUUUCUGCCUUUGUCUCUGUCUGCUCUCUUUCUAUCUCUGUCUUCGCUUCUUACUCAACUAUUUUUAUAACAGUGAAAAGCACCUCAGCAGUCUGUAUCAGGAAACUAAAAAUGGAGCAAAUUCUUUCAGCUUGGUUGUGACAUCACUGAGAGAUUUAAGCUGGUGUUUGAACUGUAGGCAUGCUUAUUCAGAGUUUCCGUUUAUUCCCCUUCGUUCCCAUUAGUGCUCUUUAUUUAGCUUUUGGCAGCCCAAAGCCAAAUAACACUUUUAAAGUCUUCCUAGUCUCCACUAGACUAUAAUCUUCACUGACUGCUAUAUAGAACGAGACUGGCAUGUCUGCAUGUCUUUGUUAUAUCAGAUUUCAGAAGAAGCCUGUUCAGAUAGCAGAUGAGAUGAGAAUUUGCAGAUGCAGUAGCUCCAGCAUUGAAUGUCCUCAAGGCAGGUCGGCUGUUCAAGCCCUAAAUAUAAACCGGUGAGGAGCAUGUUAACAUUUGAAGCUGUGGGUUGCUCUGUUUUCUCACAGAAUAUGCAGGACUGUGUAUAACACUGAGCAUGGCGGGGGGGAAAAGUAGUGGGCUGAGAACUUUUAUUUUACAAAGAGUCUAUAUCAAGGAAUAAUAGUUAAAUGGAAAUCUAUAUAAUGGAGGAAAUGUUGUAUAUUUUUUUAUAUAUAGCACCUGAAGAUAUUUUGUUGUAGUACUGGUAUAAGUGUGGGAUUAUUUUAAGUAUAAAGACUUCUCUCUCUCUCUCUCUCUCUCUCUCUCUCUCUCUCUCUCUCUCUCUCUAUAUAUAUAUAUAUAUAUAUAUAUAUAUAUAUCUCACA